ACUGCAGAUACACUACAUCUUUCAAAUUUGUAAUGUAAUGAAGCUGCUUGGUCGUUUCAUUGAUAUUACUGUGACUCGAAUAAGUCAGCUACAAUUGAGACUGCAAAUAAAGCACCAAAGUCAUGAAAUAUAAUAUUUGCAUGGUAUGUGACUUUUUCUUCCCUAACAUGGGUGGUGUGGAGAGUCACAUAUACCAACUCUCUAGCUGCUUAUUGCAGAGGGGUCACAAGGUCGUCAUAGUCACACAUAAAUAUGAUGACAGAUGUGGCAUUCGGUAUCUUGCUAAUGGACUCAAGGUGUACUAUCUUCCUGUACCACCCUUUUACAACCAGUGUAUUUUACCCAGUCUUUUCACCACUUUGCCAUUGCUACGUUCAGUUUUUCUCCAUGAAAAAAUCUCCAUUGUGCAUGGACAUUCGGCUUUCUCCACUCUAGGCCAUGAGGCCAUGUUUCAUGCACGUACCAUGGGGCUGAAAACAGUCUUCACAGACCACUCCCUAUUUGGUUUUGCUGAUGCUAGUUCUAUCUUAACUAAUAAAAUUUUGAAGUUUUCUCUGGCUGAUGUUAGCCAUGUCAUCUGCGUCUCCAAUACCAGCAAGGAGAAUACUGUUUUACGGUCACGUUUGUCACCCCACCAGGUGUCUGUCAUUCCUAAUGCUGUAGAUGCUACAGUGUUUGUGCCUGAUCCCAGUAAACGUGCACCUGAUAAAAUCACUGUUGUCAUUUUAAGUCGCCUGGUGUACCGCAAGGGGAUGGACCUGUUGGCAGGAGUGAUUCCAUUAAUCACAGCUCUGUAUCCACAAGUGCAUUUUCUUAUAGGUGGGGAUGGUCCAAAACGUGUGCUACUGGAGGAGGUUAGAGAGCAGUAUGAAUUACAUGAUCGUGUGACCUUCAUUGGUUCUCUCUGUCAUAGUCAAGUUCAUGAGGUGCUUUGUCAGGGAGAUAUCAUGCUGAAUACCUCACUGACAGAAGCCUUCUGCAUUGCUAUUGUGGAGGCAGCUUGCUGUGGGCUGCAAGUUGUCAGCACACGAGUUGGUGGGAUACCUGAGGUUCUUCCUCCCGACCUUAUCUACCUGGCUGACCCCAAUGUCAAAGCAUUGGCAGAAGCUUUGCAGCAUGCCAUAGAUGAUCGAAUUCAAGGAAAAGCAGUGCCACCCUGGGAGUCACAUGAGCGUGUCAAACAUAUGUACACGUGGGCCAAUAUUGCUGCUCGCACAGAAAUUGUUUAUAACUUGGUUGACAAAACUCCAGGGCGAGAACUAGGGGCAAGACUUUUAAGAUACUAUAGGUGCGGACCAGUUGCUGGCAAGUUAUUUGUCAUUGCUGCUCUGCUGAACUUGUUGUUUCUUACAGUCUUAUCCAUUAUCUUUCCUGCCCAGAAUGUGGAAGCUGCUCCAGACCUAAAAGUAUUUGCACAACAUCAGCACAAGAACUUUUCAUCUGAGGUGCCUAGAACAGCAGCUGCUGACAGCAAAAAAAAUCAGUCUUGAUGAAGUAGAAAGGUUGCUGCAAUAUUUUACCUGUGACAGUCAACAUGGAUGUUGCCCUAGCUUGUCUUGUGGAGAAUAGCCGCACCAAGAGAAAUACUGUUGGUAUAAAUGUGGUAAGGACCUGCUCCCAGAAGAAUAGGACAAAAAGUAAGAGCAAGUACUUUUUGAUGUUGAUCUGCAUCAGAAUGAAAAUUGUCUACAGUUCUCUUUACAGCGACUCAUUUUGAUUUUAGACACGAAAAGAUACAAUAUGAAGGAAGCAUUUUCACGCAGCUUGUCAGAAGUGUCCUCAUGAUCAUUUACUGUAUUUCAAAGGUCACAAUUUUUACAAGUUGGAUCGUAUUGUUAAUAUAUUUUGUAUUUGUAGUAAAUGAAUUUUUUUUUUUUAGUGUUGAGUCAGAUGUGUGUUUCGUCAACAAAAAGUAUUUUUAAAGUCAGACCAAGUUUUGUAGGAUGUGUAUGCAUGAAAGAGAACAGCUUUUGUGGGUGAAAAACAUUUUUCAACAUGUUUAUUUUACAAGUACUCAGUACAGAGAUGACUGAUUAGAUUGGAAACCUAUAGCACUUGUGCAACAUCAUACUGUGUUUUGGUUGUCACAAACAGCUCCAACAAAGCCAGCACUACUACAAAAAGCCAACACAUAUAUCUAAAAUACACUGCCUGAAGGUUUCAGCACAAUGCUUGUUGCCUACAGAAAAGGUUUCCCUGCAAAUACUCCUCAAAAAAAGGGGUGGGAGAAGUAAUGUGCAGGCAAUUCUGUAAGCAGAACCAGGCAACAAUGACCUCUGUCAAGGUUACCAGUUGUAAGAUAUGUAGUAAUGUAACCUUUCUGGGUUUGACUUAAAAGGUUACUGAUAUGACCCUGGGUAGCUAUUUACCUAGUGAUAAAAAAUAAAAUAAAAUGACAAAUUCUUACCUUCAACCUCAGAACUUUUUUAAAAUUCUGGAUAAAAUCAAACUCUGCAGGUAGCCUUUAGGUCAAUAUAAGUUUAGAUACCUUUUCAACAGGAGGAGGGAGGCCAAAAUUUGUAUCCAUGUGUAGUAUAAAAAAAUCAGUUUCUUUAAAAGCAACCUGACUCUGCUCUCUACUUCAAGUAAACAUACUGCAUGUUCCCACAAGGACUUUGUUGCAAAUCUGAAACCUUUAGGCUGUCUUACAUCAGAUUUCAUUUGCCAACAUGCUUUUCAUAAUCUCAAAUAUAAUCCUGACAUAACAGCUGUUGCAACCACAUUUGCAAUAAAUUCUUAUAAAUGUACGUGACAGUGUACCACUAACAGAGUAGGUGAAAUACCCUAGACGUAUGAAUCCAGGUGACUUUAUAGUGCUAAAAAAACAUUUGCCACUUGAACUAAACCAAAACUGAUUUGAUCAGUUGGAAUGUCUAACACAAUCUGCAGCAAUUACUGCCUCAAUCCUUUAACAUUCUGAUUCUAGUUAGCAAUCAUGCUAUCUGCCAAACAAGAGUCCCUGUAUAAGCAAUGGAGGUAGACAAUGUUAACAAUCCUACUCAGUUAUAUACUUUAAUGUUCUAAUAAAUGCAAGUAGAAAAAUGUAAAAGAUUUUGCUAUACAAAACAAAAAAUUUGUAGGCAAAAAAGCUAAUCCAAAAUAGCCUACAAAGCUCCAAAUAAGUUUUGAAUACUAUAUGUAGAGCUACUACAGUGCUAUAUUUAUUUUGGUAUGUGUGACUACACAGUCAGAUAUAAAACAUCAUGUCAUAACAGCACCGUUUAUAGCUUUUGAACAAAAGAGGAAAUGUAUGCAUGCGGGGGAAUCAGAGACAUUCAUUUAAAAAAAUAGAUACACCCGCAAAGUUGUUUUUAUCCCCUAACAUAUAAACAGCCUAUGAUCCAUGUAGGAACAGUAAUUACAGACAGUUAAAGCAGUCUUCACAACUACAAACCAUUAGUGACACUCGUGAACAAGGAAGCAUUUCCAAUAAAUCAGUCAAACCAUGUUGUCAAUACCCACAAGCACUACACUUGCAUUAAUAAAAUAAAAACCUCUCACUGUAUGAUCUUGGUGAUCACAGAUGUAUUUUAAAUAUUCAAUCAUGACAGUUAAAAAUAAAGACCUUGAAGAGUAACAAGGGGGAGAAAAAACUUCCUGCAUUCAACACUCAUAUGAAACUGCAUCUGUACGCUUACAUUAUUGCUUGAAAAUAAACGGAUCAAGCACAGGACAGCAGUGACUAGCAUGUGUACAUCUGUCCCAAUUCCUAGGACAUUCCUGAUUAAAAAAAAAAAAAAAUA